AUGUACAAGGAAUAUCCAGUAAAUGGAGGAAGAUUUAGGAAAACUUUUUCUGAUGAACAAUUACUGAAGCUUAAGGAGUAUAUUACAGAUAUUGAUCGUCGGUCAUUUGGACUCACAAAAGUUCAGUGUCAAAAGUUGGUUUACGAAUAUGCUUCAGAUAAUAAUGUUCCACAUUGUUUCAAUACUGAAUAUAAAAUGGCAGGUCAUGACUGGAUAGAGAGUUUUAUGAAGGAAUUUGAUUUUAGCUUAAGAAAACCUGAAGUUACAUCAAUAGGUAGACUUAUGGCAUUUAACAAAGUUAAUGUGAGUUUAUUUUUUGAUAAGCUUAAAGAAAUCCGCACAAGAAACAAUUUUUCAUCGAGUCAAAUAUUUAAUGUAGAUGAAAGUGGUGUAUCUACUGUACCAUGUAAGCUUCCUAAAGUUCUUUCACCUAUUGGAUCCAGAAGAGUUUCUAAAUUAGUUUCUGCCGAGCGAGGUAAAAAUAUUACUGUAGUGUGUGGUGUAAGUGCUGCUGGUGUUUAUGUACCACCAUUUAUAAUUUUUCCAAGAAUUCGAAUGAAAGAAGAAUUGUCCCGUGGCACUCCUCCUGGUACAUUAUGUGUUUGUAAUGAGAGUGGCUGGAUGACCACUGAAACAUUCUUAUUAUAUCUUCAACACUUUUCAAAGCACGUUCGACCAAAUGCUGAAUCUUCAAUACUUUUAUUAUUAGAUAACCAUGCUUCUCAUGUAUCACUUAAAGCCAUUGAAUUUUGUCGAAGUAAAUAUAUAACAAUGUUGGGCUUCCCACCUCAUACCACUCAUCGACUUCAACCGUUGGAUGUAGCAGUUUUUGGUGCUCUAAAAACUUACUACAGUCAAGCGUGUGACGCUUGGAUGGUGAAUAACCCUGGUAGUCAUUAG